AAAAUGGUGCUGCCCAACUCAUGCCUGCUGGGACGGAGGCUCCACAUCCACAGGAGAGCUCCAGAGCUCCUCGGUGCUUGUGUGCUGCCUAGGAUGGAGGCAACAAGGAAGCGAGUGUUUAAUAGGGGUUUCUAUAGUAUCCAUCACCGUAGGUCUAACAACUCCCAGGUAAGGUGGUUGGGGUGGGUGGUUGUCUCUCCCGAUGCCUAAGGAAACUUGUCCAGGGUCAUGUGGGAUCUGCAAGCACCUGCCUGCACUGCAGUGCUGCCUGUCCAUGCUGCCUGUCCAACAUAAUGUGCCUGCCUGGCUCCAAUCAUCGGCCUCAGCACAAGUUCCCCUCAGCAGGAGAGGGGUGGGUGGCCUUUGGGGGCUGGUGGCCGUGCAGGAGAGGCAGUGGUGGGGUGGGAGUGGCACUACUGUGGUCCAUAAGGAGUGCAAGGAAGGGAACCAUGCUCAUGGCUGCCCACAACCCCUCUAUCUCAUGCCCCCAUCUCCCCUCUGUCAAGGCGGAGCUGAGCAAGGGACAGUGCCCCGCUGGGUGCAGCUGCUGGCAUGGACGAGGCUUGGCUGGGUAGCAGGAGGCUGGUGGCCAGGAUGGAGUUGAUCUGGGUGUCAGAGUUGGAGCUGAGCUGGGUGACAGGAGGCUGGUGGCAUUUUCCUGGCGGGGAUCCCAUCCAGCCACUGUGGUUGCUAGGAUGGUGAUAGUGCCACAGCUCAGCAGCACUCAGAGGGCUACUGCACAGCCCUUCCCCUGCUCUGGGGAGCUUUGGGAGGGCUUGGGGGAGCAGGUAUGAGCAGGCAGUGCUCAGGGGAGCAGGCACUCACACUUAUGUCUGCCGUCUGUUUGUGCAUCCAGCCGUGUGCGAGGGGAACUUUACCUGCAAGGAGAAUGAGGUGUGCGUCAGGCCCAGCGAGUGCCGUUGCCGCCACGGCUACUUCGGCGCCAACUGCGACACCAGUGAGUACUGGCAGGAGCCCUCCUGUCCUCAGCAGGCUUCACUGGCCCCAGCUUAUCCUGGGGUGACAUUCCAGAGCAGAGCAUCGGGGAUCGGGCUUUGAAUGCUUUUGCUCUGCCCUUGCCUGUCCCCUGGGCAUUGUCCUUUUGCUGGGUCUCCUCUGAAAUCCAGUGUGCUGCAGGGAAGAGAGGGAGGAUGGUGGUCAAAAGGUCCUAUUGGGACUGUGGGUCCCUCCAGUGGUGGGGUUGUCCCCCUGGGUAGUCUGGGGCUGAUGGAUCUCCCUGCAGAGUGUCCGCGGCAGUUCUGGGGUCCCGACUGCAAAGAGAUGUGCAGCUGCCACCCCAACGGGCAGUGCGAGGACGUGACAGGUCAGUGCACCUGCAACCUCAACCGCUGGGGUCCCAAGUGCGAAAACAUCUGCCUCUGCAAGCAUGGCAAGUGCGACCAGAAGACAGGCAAAUGCACCUGCGAGCCCAACUGGUGGGGCCCGCAGUGCUCCAGCUCCUGCUAUUGCAGCCACAACUCUCAGUGCGACCAGCAGACAGGCAACUGUCUGUGCCAGCCCGGCUGGUGGGGCCGCGGCUGCAACAACCAGUGCUCCUGCAACAACUCGCCCUGCGAGCAGUUCACGGGGCGCUGCCAGUGCCGAGAGCGGACGUUUGGGCCCCGCUGUGACCGCUACUGCCAAUGCUACAAGGGCAAGUGCAACCAGGUGGAUGGGACCUGCACCUGCGAGCCAGGCUACCGGGGCAAGUACUGCCGCGAGCCGUGCCCAGCCGGCUUCUACGGCCAAGGCUGCCGGAGACGGUGUGGGCAGUGCAAGAGCCUGCAGCCGUGCACCGUGGCAGACGGGCGCUGCCUGACCUGUGAGGCAGGCUGGAAUGGCACCAAGUGUGACCAACCCUGCUCGCCUGGCUUCUAUGGAGAGGGCUGUGAGAAGCUCUGUCCCCCCUGCAAGGACGGCCACACCUGCAACCACAUCAAUGGCAAGUGCUCCCACUGCAACCCAGGCUGGAUCGGAGACCGGUGUGAAACCAAGUGCUGGAACGGGACAUACGGGGACAACUGUGCCUUCAUCUGCAGUGACUGCGUCAAUGGCCAGUGCCACUUUGAGACCGGGCGGUGCCUCUGCCACCCUGGUUCCCACGGCACCUACUGUAACCUGACUUGCCCUGCUGGACGCUAUGGAGCCAACUGUGCCGAAGCCUGCAGCUGCCACGACGGCGCCUGCGACCCACUGACAGGCGCCUGUCACAUGGAGGCCAACCAGAGGAUGGGGGUGAUCGGGGCAGGGGCCCUCCUGGCGCUGCUGCUCAUCCUCCUGCUCUCUCUGCUCUGCUGCUGCUGUGUCUGCCGCAAGAAGGACGAAGCCUGCAGCUCCAGCCAGGACCCAGCAGCAGCCAAGAAGCCGCCGAGACGCUUGUGCGGGCGGUUCAGUCGUAUCGGGAUGAAGCUCCCCCGCAUCCCUCUGCGCCGCCAGAAGCUACCCAAGGUUGUGGUGGCCCACCAUGACCUGGAAAACACCCUGAACUGCAGCUUCAUCGAGCCACCCUCUGUGGUGGACCAGCCUUCCCCAUCCUGGUCAUCCCGCGGCUCCUUCUCCUCCUUCGACACCACGGACGAGGGGCCAGUGUACUGCGUCCCCCAUGAAGAGAGCGUGGGUGACAGCAGGGACAGAGGGACACCUGCCAGCCCCGGGGACAAGCUGGUGGCCCCCACCGGUGGGGAGGAAGCAGGCGAAUACACAUUCUUGAAGGAGACCGGCUCUGUCAGAGCCUUCCCGGGCGACAGCAGUGAGACACCCCUGCUCAAGUCUUCGGACAGCGAGCGCUCCUCCUGCGGCUCUGGCUCGGCCGGUGCCGCUCUCUAUGCUCGGGUCGCCCGCCUCUCCAAGCAGUCCAGGGAGGAGGAAGAUGCCACUGCAGAGCCCCGCAGCCCCGGGAAGCCACCAUCCCCAGAAAGGACCAAGCCCCGUCCCCCAGACCCAGCCACUAAGCCCAAAGUCUCCUGGAUCCACAGCAGGUACAACUCUGGCCAGUCCAACUCACUGCCAGCACCCAGCCAAUCCCCAGACAGAGCAGCUGCCCACUCCAGCAGCCCCGAGCAAGGACUGGGCUUGGCCAAGAGGAAGAGGAGCCCGAGCGAGACAUCAGCCAGUGUGCAAGGCAGAGUGGAGGAGAAGGGCAGCAUGCGGGGCAAAGAGAAAGCGCAGAAGCAACCGAAGGAGCCUGGUGUCCCGGAGGGCAAAGCCAACCUCACCGGGGAGCCCCAGUCACCCUCCAAGCCCAAGCAGAGGAGCAAAGCCAGCUCAGAGCCGAUGGAGAGCAUCAAUGGGGCAGUGCAGAAUGCCUUCCGAAAGAUGGGCACCUUCCAGCCGGAGCGGCGGGUCGGGGACUCCAAGGAUGCUCCUUGCAGCCCCAGCACCAGCAAACCCCGCUCUGAGCCACUGCAUCCCCAGCUAGCCUCCGAGCUGGCUGCCCAGCUGAAGGAAAAGACUCAGAGCCUCAACAAGGGGGACGGAGGCACCCGGGUGAAUGGGGUGGGCACCCAGCGGGAGAAGCCCACGCCUCCACAGAAAGCCAAGCGUUCAGCAGCCGCCAGCGGCCAGAAGACCAGCAAACCCUUGCUGCCCACCUCUCCCCACCUGCAAAAACUGAUCCCUGGGGUGGCCGAGCCAGCAGCCGGGGAGCCCAAGUGGGUGGAGAAGCCAAGUGCUGUCAGCAACCAGGAUCAGGUUCUUCCCAGCGAGCAGGCAGCCAAGAAAACCCCCAUUAAGAAGCCUCCAAGGAAGAAGAGCCGAGAAGCCAGCCUGGAGCCAUCCAGGGCAGCUUCUGUGCCCGCCCAGGCAGUACAGUGACCAGGAGUCAGGCACCAGUCCCACACUGCCUGGCCGCACACCGGAAAGAAGGACAUUGCCAGCACAACCAGUGGAUGGGGGAGCCUGGACUGGGCAGGGGGCACUGGAAGAGCCUUGAGCCUCCAUUUAUCCCCCUCCACCACUCAUCCUCCUUUUUCCUUUAGUCACCCCUGCCCUGCGACCUGGUUCCUCCAUCCAUGCCCUGCUCCUGCUCCCUGCCUGGGUCUGGCAACUCGCCCUCCCUCCCCACGCAAGGCAGGACCACAGGGAGCCGGCCCGGCCGCCACCCCAGGGGAGUCCGUGCGUGGCAUAUCCCCCCUCUAUUUUGUAGCAGUAUUAUUGAUCGCAUAAGCAGCGCUUGUUGUACUAGACGUGCCCAUGGUAUAUUCUGCAGUAAUGGAGCCGCUCGCUUCCUGCAUCCCACUCUGGUCUGUUGGGCUUGCAGAGCACCGGAGAGCUCCUCUCACUGAGCUGCUGUUCAGUGCCCAGGGCAGUGCUAGGCAUGGCCCACAACCAUCCUUGGCAGCAGACCCCCUGCCCCAGUGCCCUGGGCUCCAGGCACAGCUCUCCAUUGCCGGUCCUGCCGCAGAUGCGCUGUGCCGGCGUGGGGUCGAGCUGGUUUCGACUGAUGCCACCCUUCCUCUGCCCUGGGGCUGCUCCUGUCCAGGAGGAAGUGCUAUUUAUGGACGGAGCUGGACACCCUUCGGGCUCCCGCAUCCCAUCCAGCAGAGUUGGAGGGAUUAGUUUGGUACGAGAGAGCCUGGCACCUCUGCAGAGUGCUUUCCUAAUAAAAGUGUAUUUCUUCCA